AUGUAUUAUAAUUAUUUUCCGACGAGAAAAUUUCAAAUUUAUCAAAUAUUUUCGUCAAACACAAAUUUAGGGAAAACAAUAUUUUCGACAGGAUUGAUAAGAGCGUCAGUAUUAAAAUCCCAAAAGUACAAAAAUCAUUAUUAUUUAAAACCAAUUCAAACGGGAUAUCCAAAAGAUGACGAUUUACGAUUUGUGAAAACAUAUCUUCCGGAAAAGUUUAAUAGUUUAAUUAAACUUGAGUCAUUGUAUAAAUACGAGAAAGCGGUAUCACCCCAUUUAGCGAUUAAUAAUCCGAUACCUAAAGAUGAAGAUGUAUUGAAUAGAAUAAAAGGAUCUAUAUCGGAAUCUUAUAAUGAAUCAUUGAAAGAUGGAGGGAGGUUAUUUUUGGAAACAGCUGGCGGCGUAAAUAGUCCGAUCAUGUCAGGUACCAUACAAUCGGAGUUUUAUCGAGCAUUGAGGUUACCGAUAAUUUUAGUGGGAGAUAGUAAUUUAGGGGGAAUAAGUACGACAAUAUCAUCAUAUGAAUCUUUAACACUGAGAGGAUAUGACAUUCCAACCUUACUAUUAUUUAAUAAUGAAAGAUAUAAUAAUCAUUUAUUCAUUGAAAAAUAUUUUAAUGAGAAUCAAAAUUCGUCUAUUAUUACGCCUAAAAUAUUUCCCAUUUCAUUACCACCACCAAAAUCGGAAAAUGAUUUAUCAGAUGUCAAAGGGUUAGAGGCAUAUUUUGAUUCAAAUGAUGAAAAAUUUAAAGCCAUAAUUAGUACAUUGGAGGAAUGGCAUGACAAUAGAUUUAAUAGAUUGGAUGAAAUGGAGGAGAAAGCCAAAGAAAUAGUUUGGUGGCCAUUCACCCAACACGAUAAAGUUGAUGGGGUUAACGUGAUUGAUUCCGCGUAUAAAGAUUUAUUAAUAAGUUACAAGGACGAUUCUAAUCUAGGAGAGACAUUUGAUGGGUCCGCAAGUUGGUGGACGCAAGGGUUGGGUCAUGGGAAUUCUAAAUUAACAUUAACGGCAUCGUAUGCAUCAG